UACUUAGCACCAAAAGUAAUUAACACUUUCUAGCUACUAAGAUGAAGCACAUGUUACAUGCAUUUUUCUCUGUGUGCCUUAACUUAUUACUACUAUAUAAUUUAAUCUUACUUUGCUUUUGCACCAAGAAAACUACUUAUGCAUUAGGAAAUGAUAGUGAUUACUUAUCAUUGCUCAAAUUCAAGGAAGCAAUAUCCAAAGACACAAAUAGAAUCUUUGAGUCUUGGAAUAGUUCUACACAAUUUUGCAAGUGGCAUGGAAUCACAUGCAUGGAUCAAAGAGUUAUAGAGUUGAAACUAGAAGGAUAUCAAUUGCAUGGAACCAUAUCACCUUAUGUUGGUAAUCUUUCUUUUCUAACAAAUUUCAAUCUCAUGAACAAUAGUUUCUAUGGAACAAUUCCACAAGAAUUGUUUCAUUUAGUAAAACUACAAAAACUUUACCUUACCAAUAACUCAUUGGUUGGUGAAAUUCCAACAAAUUUAUCAAGUUUGUUGAAUCUCAAAAGCUUAUUUUUGCAAGGGAAUAAUCUUGUUGGUAGAAUACCAAAUGAAAUUGGUUCUCUUAGGAAGCUACAACAAAUGAAUAUUUGGAACAAUAAUUUAACAGGUGAAAUUCCAUCAUCUAUAGGGAAUCUUUCAUUUCUUAUAAAUUUUAAUGUUGGUUCUAAUAACUUAGAGGGAAAUAUUCCACAAGAAAUAUGUCAUUUGAAGAAUUUAGAAACUAUCUCAUUAGGUAUAAACAAAUUAUCUGGUAAACUUCCACUCUGUCUUUAUAACAUGUCAUCUCUUACUAAAAUUUCUGUUGACUUAAACAAAUUUAAUGGCUCUCUUCCACCAAACAUGUUCCAUACUCUUCCGAAUCUCGAAACACUUUUCAUCGGUGGGAAUCAAAUCUCCGGUCCAAUCCCGGCUUCCAUCACAAAUGCAUCUGGCUUAAGAGCAUUUGAUGUUACUGUAAACAAAUUCAUUGGUCAAGUUCCAAGUCUUGGGAAGCUAAAAGAUCUUCAUCUUCUAGGUUUGUCUCAGAACAAUCUUGGAAGCAACUCUAGUAAUGAUUUGGAGUUUGUAGAGUCAUUGGAAAAUUGUAGUAAGUUGUAUGUGAUUGAUAUAUCUUACAACAAUUUUGGAGGUCCUUUACCGAAUUCGUUAGGAAAUAUGUCUAACAAACUCAACAGUCUAUAUCUUGGGGGAAAUCAUAUAUUAGGAAAAAUUCCGGCAGAAUUAGGAAAUCUAGUUAACCUAUAUCUCUUUACCGUGGAAGAUAACCGUUUUGAAGGGACGAUUCCUGAUACUUUUGCGAAGUUUCAAAAGUUGCAAGUGUUAGAAUUGAGUGGGAACCAAUUGUCAGGAAAUAUACCGGCGUUUAUAGGAAACCUCGGUCAGUUGUUUUAUUUGGGUUUAGGACAUAAUAUGUUAGAAGGAAAUAUUCCACCAAGUAUAGGAAAUUGCCAAAAGUUAUACCACUUAGACCUUUCGCAAAAUAAUCUUCGAGGAACCAUACCGAUAGAGGUUUUUAGUCUCUUUUCAUUAACAAAAUUGUUGGACUUGUCGGGAAACUCAUUGAGCGGUAGUCUACCACAGGAAGUAGGCAAGCUAGAAUAUACCGAAAUGCUGAAUUUCUCUGAGAAUCAUUUGUCUGGUGAUAUUCCUGGAACCAUCGGAGAAUGUGUUAGCUUAGAGUACCUUUAUUUGCAAGGAAAUUCCUUCAAUGGAGUCAUACCUGCCUCUUUGGCUUCACUAAAAGGUCUUCAACAAUUAGACCUAUCACGAAACAGCUUGUCUGGAUCAAUUCCUAAAGGUAUACAAAAUAUUUCUUUCCUACAAUACUUCAAUGUAUCUUUUAACAUGUUGGAAGGCGAGGUACCAACUGAAGGUGUCUUUCGAAAUGCAACUGAGGUGGCGGUUACGGGAAACAAUAAUCUUUGUGGAGGUAUUUCAAAACUGAACCUACCUCCAUGUCCCUUAAAAGGAAAGAAACAUGAAAAACAUCAUGAUUUCAAGUUGAUAGCGGCGAUAGUUAGUGUGGUUUCUUUUCUUCUUAUACUUAUAAUUAUCCUAACUAUCUACUGUAUGAGGAAAAAAAACAAGACACCUUCUUUUGAGUCGCCGACAAUUGGCCUUAUGGUUAAGAUUUCAUAUGAAGACUUGUACAAUGGAACCGACGGAUUCUCAACCAGAAACUUGAUAGGAUCUGGAAAUUUUGGCUCUGUCUACUUAGGAAGUCUCGAGUCAGAGGAUAAAGUUGUAGCCAUAAAAGUUCUAAAACUUCAAAAGAAGGGAGCUCACAAGAGUUUCAUUGCUGAAUGUAACGCGCUGAAAAAUAUUAGACACCGAAAUUUGGUUAAGAUUUUGACAAGUUGUUCCAGUACAGAUUUCAAAGGUCAAGAAUUCAAAGCCCUUGUUUUCGAGUACAUGAAAAAUGGAAACUUAGAAAGUUGGUUGCAUCCAUCAAAAGAAAUUGCAGGUCCACAAAAUACAUUGAACCUUGCACAAAGGUUAAAUAUUAUUAUUGAUGUUGCUUCAGCAUUUCAUUACCUUCAUCACGAAUGUGAGCAACCGGUCAUUCAUUGUGAUUUAAAGCCUAGCAACAUUCUUCUUGAUGAUUCUAUGGUAGCUCAUGUGAGUGAUUUUGGCAUAGCGAAAUUGCUCCCGAGUAUUGGAGUCUCCUUGAUGCAAAAUAGCACAGUUGGAAUAAAGGGGACUAUUGGUUAUGCUCCUCCAGAAUAUGGAAUGGGAUCUAAGUUGUCGAUUGAAGGCGAUAUGUAUAGCUUUGGAAUUCUAGUUUUAGAAAUGUUAACCGGAAGGAGACCUACUGACGAAAUGUUUGAAGACAGUCAUAGUCUUCACAAUUUUGUUAAAAUUUCGAUUUCAAAUGACCUUUUGCAGAUUGUAGACCCAACCAUUGUCCACAAUGAAUUGGAACGAGCUACCGACAGUGAGAAUCUUGGCGUUAUGCAUUCUAAUGCAGAGAAAUGUCUAUUUUCGCUUUUUAGUAUUGCACUUGCUUGUUCAAUGGAAUCACCGAAAGAAAGAAUGAGUAUGGUUGAAGUCAUAAGAGAGGUUAAUAUAAUCAAAAGUUUCUUUCCUACUGAAGGUUUAAUAGAAAAAGCUGCAUUACAAACACAAAAAGUAUGAUGUUUUUUGUUUUUGUAAAUAAACUAUUCAGAAGUCCAUGAAAUGAUAUUCCAAUUCAGCAUGUGAUGGAUUUAAGUUCUUUCAUUUUUUAUCAUAUAGUUUUCAAAUAAUAAGAAAUGGACAACAGAUUAGUCUGUUAAAAACUAUAGACAUAUCAAUUUGCUUCUAUACUAAGUAAGGAUGUAGUUAUAACAGUAACAUUAGAAAAAGUGGUUAAACAAAAGCUCUAAAUAGUUAAAAGUUCUAAAUAUGAAGUAUUGUCUCCACUAGAAUGAAGACACUUCGUCUUUUUUGAAACCUUAUGAAGCACGAACUUGGACACAGAUACGUACAUUACGAUACGACACAGGUAAUAUCCAAAAUACAGAAUUUCAGGACACUGCAUGCAUAGUUAUUGUGAAGAUUAACUUAAAAUUAGGAAUUCAGAAGUCUGCAAGUUCCAGGAUGCACCGGUACAUACUUCAGAUGAACCGAUAUAUACGUCUGGCAGGACGGAUCUGAAACUUACAUGAACCAAUAUAUGUGAGGAAUGUACCGAUACAUGCGUGCGAGAUUCUGCAUACAAGUGCAAAGAUCCUGUUUCGUUUUAAAGCAGAUUUGGUCCUAGGCUUUUAUAUUUCUAUAUAUUGAGAGCAUGUAAACAUGUAGAAAAAAAAGGAUGUAUUGUCAACACUCAAACUGGGGUUUAUAGAAAUUCUCUUGGCAAAAACACAAGAGUUGAGAUUGAAUUAUCAUUUGAUUCACUUUGAAGGGCACUAUAUCAAAUUGAGUCUCUUGGUCAUAAGGAGAUAUUCAAAAUAGGGGUAGAAUUAAAUUUGAAGACUGAUUUUUGUAAUUCCUUUGGAAUCUUUUGUGUAAUGUUACUCUUUUGAACGA